AUGUCGGCUGGCAGCAUCGAUGGCAAGCUCACCGAGACGACGCACAAGGCUGCCACCGCAACCCACGAUCGAGACUGCCACGACGCGCUCUUCGCCGCCGUCGCCGGCAGCCUGCUGAGCGCGAGCACUGCCCGAGCCGCGCGACAAUUGCAAGCCGACCAAGGCGAAAACGUCCAAGAGCGAUCUGCAAAAGUCGCAGCGACCGACGAGGGUGGCUCGAGGGCAAUGAGCUGGCUUCCACGCCCAGCCGACAAACACAAGCCGGUGGCAGCGACAGCAGCAGCAGCAGAAGCAGCAGCAGCAGCAGCCACGGGCCACGUCCACGGCUGCAACAGCGCGCCGUCGUCGGGAGCGAGAAGAAUCACGGCGCGGCGUACGGCCCAGGCGACUGGUGGGGACGCGUCGCCAGAUAGGCUGGCAGCAGCAGCAACUGCUGCCGGUGCCGCUGGCGCUGAUGCCGGCGCUGGCGCUGGCGCUGAUCCGGCCAUCGGCAGCCCCACCCCUUCGGCCAAGUGGGCCGCCGAGGCAGCGAGCCUACCCACACAGAGCCUCAUUGUUGGGCGUGGUGGGUCGCCAGUGACCAAGGCCGUCCACUCGCUGCACCGCCGCAAACCCGUGCCUCCGUUCCACGAUGCAGGAGCAAACCCUUGCCACCAGCGCGCCCACCACCUACCACGCCAUGGCGCCCCGUCGCAACAACAAGGAGCCAGCAGCACCACCACCACCGACGCACGAGCACAGCCGCUGCCCCGUCGCAACGCUCUCGAUCUCGACCACCACGUCGAGGUGCACGCCGUCGGACUGGUCAGAGAUGCUCCGCCGCCCCAUCGCCACUGGCAGCACCAGCAGCGCCAGCAGCAGCGAUACUCGCCUCCGAACGCCAGUCACCGCGGCUUGCCCGCCGGGAGGGCCGACAUCCUCCUGUCGCCACAGAACGCCCCCGCGGGCAAGGAGCAGCUUCUGAUGCGUCUCGCUCACGGUCACCACGACCGGCACAAGGAUCGCGCCCAGCCCGCCGUCGCGAUGGGCGGCGACCUCGUACAGCACGGCGUCGGCUCCGAGAGCAGCAGCAACAGCAGCAGGCGCCAGGUCCAGCGGAGGAAUCGCGGCAACGACAAGGCCGCCGUCUUCAGCCUCUCGGACUCGCAGCUGGCGGCUCGCUACAACUUUGUCAAGGAGAUCGGCUUCGGCGAAUGGGGCAGCAUCUGGGAAGCGACACCGGUCAAGGAGCUCGAGCACCUCCCCGCCUCUGCCUACCCGCAGAUCGCGACGCGCAAGCUCAACGGCGUCGGCCACGUCCGGGUCGACAACCCCGCCCACCGCCCGCUGGCCAUCAAGGUCUGCACGCGCGAGCGCAACUCGCAGUCGUCGGCGCGCACAGAGAGGCUCUGGCACGAGUUCAAGAUGCUGCGCUCGCUCAUCGACGCUUCGUACCACUCCGAGGGAGACGCCACCUGCAGCAGCUCGCUCUCCUCUUCGUCCUCCCCACGCGGCCGCAGCAGAGGGGAUCGCAUCUUCGGCCCCGACUGGCACCCCAGCAUCGUGAAGUUCUAUGAGUUCGUCGUCACCCCCUCGAUCGCCAUGAUCGUCAUGCCGUGUUACGACGAGCCCAUGAAGGUGGGCUUGCCCGACGAGCGAUGUCGAUCGUACUUCCAGCAGCUCCUUUCCGGCCUCUUCUGGCUGCACCAGCGAGGCGUUUGCCACAACGACAUCAAGGUGGCCAACAUGCUCGUCAACUACACGGGCCUAUUGGGCAAGGGGACUCCCAUCCUGGUCGACUUCGGCUUCGCCACGAUCCACGAUGCAUCCAAGAAGGAUGCGUUCAUGACCCACGUCUCUUGGGGCACUCCCGAGUACCUCGCCCCCGAGCGUGCUCGAGGAGAUCUCCACGACGAGCGCGCCAGCGACAUCUGGAGCCUCGGCGUCACCUUUUUCGAGAUUGCGGCGACGCGGACGCCCUUCGAGCUCCAGGAUGAGCAGUUCCAGACGCGCGAGCAGCUGCAGGCCUACUACCACCGCACUAUGAGCGGCGUCUGGGUCGGGUCCUGGGACAUUCCGCCCGACCUCGAGGACCUGGUGCGCUGCAUGCUCAGCGCCGCGCCCGCCGAUCGCAUCGACGCUGCCGACGCGCUACUCCACCCGUACUUCGACCCGACGUCGACGUCGUUCGACAACUCGCUCGAGGACAUCAUGGACAUGUUCCCCAGCGAGGACGGCAUGAGCGAGGACGAAGGGUACUCACCCGGGGAGACCAGGGGCGCUGUCGGCCACGGCAGCCGCCGUCUCUGUCGCCACGAAAGCGACGACGACGACGACGGUGACUACGUUCCCUACACGGGACCGUACGAUGUCCCACCGGAGCGUCUGCAGUCUCGUCAAGCCCAUGGCCCGCACUUUCAGCAGCACGGCCGUGAUAUGAUGAAGGAGGGCGAUGUGAAUCUGCAGAUCGCUCGGCGUCCCGCUUCCCCUCCUUCGCCGACGCUGUCGGCUGUGGGCAUGGACUCGCUGGCUACCGACCUCGUCCAGGCUUCACCUCCUUGGCAGGCACGGCCGACCGCUCUCCGAUCUCGGCCCCAGCCUCAAGCCUGCUCGAAGCUGCGAAUGGAGCAGGCCGUCGACUCGCCCGAUGGCAGCCGAGACCGCCAAGUCGCCGGAGCCAGCGCGGCCGAGGUCCAACGCCACGCUUCCGACGAAGGCACGACGCUGUCGCAGUCUCCUUUCACGAAAGCGGACAGUGCGAUCCCGCUUCUUGGUCGCACCGCCUCGCUAGCGAAACCGCAUCGGCCUCAUCGCACCCCGCUGAAGCAGGCGAUCGCAAAUGCAGCAGCCGGAUCUGGCCUGUUGCGCCUGGUGCCCGUGGCGUCGGCUCGGGCUCCUAGCCCGAUGAAGCGCGAUACCCCUUCCGCUCUGUCGCCGUCGCGACCACUCCGCACUCCUUCGAGGAAGCUUCAGCACGCACCAUCACAACAGGUCGACACCUCCGCUACGGCAACGGACGAUUUCUUUUACCCAGGCGCAGCAGGCACCACGAAGUCGGCAACAGCGGUCGGCCGCCGAUUGCAAGCGCCGUCGGCGUCGCAACUGCCCAAGCAGGCUGCAAUCGUCACGCCGCGCACCGGCAUCCGCAAGGUUGCGUCUCUUGCCAAGCAGUUCGGCGGCAAAGUCGCCCCUUCCGAGCAACCUUCUACCAGCGAGGCAAAGACGCCCAAGAAACCGGGUCGCCCAUCGAGGGAGCCAAGCGGAUCCAGGCGUGGCCACAGGAGGUCCAUCUCUGAUUCCAAGGCGGAGCUGAUGGAAGAGAGGACCUCCGCUCGCCGACCGUCUAUCGGCGUUCAAGUGGACGCGGUCCGUACUCCCGACGUUUCCGAAAAGCGCCGGGUGGCCAGCGGCGGCCAGAGGGACAAAGCCUCUCCUGCCACGCCUGCUUCCGAGCUGACCUGCGGCAGCGUCUCGGUCGACAGCUACCUCUCCAGCGAAUGCUCGCACGCUGGCGCCGGUGCUAGCAGCGUCGCCGAGCCCAGCCUCGUCCAGACCGAGCACCACGUGAAGAUCUCGAGCAGCUUCGGCAUCGUGUCCAGGCCGGCUGAGGUAUCGCAAGACGCGCCCGCGAUCCCGCCGGUCCCAGCAACAGAGAGCAAGAUGCAGGGCAGGCCCAGGCCCCGCUCCGGGCUCCACCGGCGCACCAAGACCGACCUCGAUGGCCACGAGGUGCGUCAGAAGCUGGAGCAGAUGGGUGCCAUCGCCGAGGCGCUGGCGCGGAUGAUCAGCGAGACCCGCUCUUCACUUUUGGGCUCCUGGGCCGGCAGCGAGUUGGACCGGGCUCCCGAGGCGGGCGAGCGCGAUACGCUGCUCCAGACGAUCCAGGAGCUCGAGAUCAAGAUGGCGCGACUAGAAGCGGCCAGGCAGACGUCGACGGCCGCAAGCGAGGCAGCCGCGCCGAGCAAGCCGGGUCCUCUGUCCGUGUCGGGCUACGGCUCGUCGGACGCGCCCCUGUCCGCUCCCUGCCAUCCCGGCCAGUGCUCGCAGCGCUGCAGCGCCGUCUGCCGCCAGAGCCGCGUCAGGGCCGGAUCAGAGGCCACCGUGACCCCCGCCCGCCGUGUCGUGACGCGCAGCGCUGACCUCGUCAAGGCCGAGAUCAACGUCAUCGAGGCGUCGCCCGAGCGAGACGCGUCUCCCGCCGCCGGCGCUCAGACCGAGGCGCAGAUCAAAAGCGAGAGCGCCGCUGCUCCACGCCCUCCUCCGCCGUCCAGGGACCAGAUCGAGGCGAUGUACGCCUCGCACCUGCUCCGCAGGGACUCGAAGCAGAAUCACAGCCACGACGACGGCGACGGCGGCGGCUCGGCCUGCUCCUCGCCCGAGCGCGCAAGGAGGCAGCCGCAGUCGUCUCCGCACGACAACGCCCUGAGUCCGCUGCUCGAGCCUCCGCGCACGCCCGAGACGCCGUCGUCGCCACUACAGUCGUCGCCGAAGCUUUCAGGCCCCGACCACACUCCAUCCGAAUUGGAGACGGGACGGCUACCCGAGAAGAGAUCGAGCGUCAAACGGUUCGGCCUGGCGACGCUGCGGCGGCCCAAGUCGCUCGCCUCGCUCUUUCCCGGUCGCGCUGCGUCCGGUCCGACCGCCAUCGGCAUGCGGCGCGAGAGCGUCGCGCCUGAACUGCCGUCACCGCCGAAUGAGAUGGGCGAUGUCAAGGUCGUGUCGCCUCACACAUUCCCUCGUGCCACUUUGUCCAAGACGCCGAUUGCGACGGCGAUGACGACGAUGCCGACGCCGAGGAGCGAGGGAUCGUCGUACAUCUCUCCGGACCUGUCCCCUAUCGUCGAGAGCGAGGUGCCAAGUCACGCCGCCGAUGCAACCAGCGGGGUGACGGAUCUGCACUGCAAAAGGGACGGCACCCACACCAGUGGCAGCGGCAGUGGCAGUGACGGUGACGACGGGAGCGACCUCAAAACGACGCUGCGGCACGGCGGCGUACAGGUACUCUCGAAGACGACGACGACGACGACGACUUCGGCGGGGGCCAAUGCCCCGCCCACCGACCCGAGUCGACUGGGCGUAGCGCCGGGAGCGCGUCGGCGCAGCUCGUCGCUCCACCGUCUAUCGCGCGAACACGUCCGGCCGCGCACCCUCGCCUCCUCUGGCCCCGUCGUCGCGGCUGCGAAAAAGGCGCAGCGCACCUCCACCCUCGUCGCCACCGCCUCCUCCUCCUCCUCCUCCCCCUCUGUCGUUGAUCCGAGUCGACCUUCCAGGGAGGCACGAGGGAUCGGCGGGCUGUGGCGCAUGUUUCGCGGUGCGGCUGCCGCUUCCGCUUCCGCUACGGCUACGGCUUCGGCUGAGAGGGGGGAUGAGCGGGUUUCCAAGUCGUUUAGACGGCCAAGGAGAGGCCAUGUUGCGACGCCAUCGGCGGCGGAUCUAUCCCGCGCUACCGUCGCUUAA